CCGAGGAGCAGGAGCUGGCGCCCGAGGAGGGGGAAGAGGAUGCGGAACCUGAGGUGGUCAAAAAGUCGCGGGCGAAGAAGCCGCAGGCGAGGAAGACCCCGGCGAAGACUCCCGCGAAGGCGCCCGCGAAGACCCCGGCUAAGAAGACUGGGGGGAAGGGAAAGAAGUAA